AUGGAACAUUCAAAAAUUCAAGAAUAUAAAGAGAGUGGAUUCGUUUUUGAUUCAUCAAAAUCAUUUAGUAUUGAUGAAAUUGAUGGUAAAGAAUUAUGGUUAAUUAAAAUUCCAAGAGAUUUACCAUAUGAAUCAUUACCAAAUAAAAUACAAGUAUCAGAUUUAAAUAAAGUUAAUGUUAAAUCAAUUGAUAUUAAUAAAAAGAAAUUUACAAUUCAUCAAGAUGAUACUGAACAAAUUCAAGGAUUAUUUAAUGUUUGGUCAAAGAAUUCAAAUAAUGGUAAAAUGGGAUUAGGUAAACCAUUCACUAAAUUCAUUCAAAUUGAUGAAUCAGUAAAUUUACCAAAAGAACAAGUUGAACCAAAACCACUUCCAAAACCAAAACAACAACAUGAUCUCUUAAAAGGACGUUAUGAUCCACCAGGUUCUUCUGGUUUUUUAGAGAAAUUAGGAAAAGAAAGUAAAAAUAAAAAUAUAAAAAUUAAUAAACCAACUAAACCAACAACAACAACAAAAACAACAACUACAACAACAACAACAUCAAAAACAGCAGAAAAAGAAAAUAAAAAAGAAAAUAAAAAAGAAAAAGAAAAUAAAAAAGAAGUUAAAAAACAAGAAUCUGAAUCUGAAUCAGAGUCAGAAGAUAAAAAGAAAUCAUCUAAAAAUGAUAAGAAAUCAUCUAAAAAAGAUAAGAAAUCAUCUAAAAAACAAGAAUCAUCAUCAGAAGAGGAAUCAUCAGAUGAAUCAUCAUCAGAAGAAGAGAAAAAGACUAAGAAAUCAAAGAAAUCUUCAUCAUCUAAAAAAGAAGAAACUAAAAAAGAAGAAUCCAAAAAAUCAAAGAAAUCAUCAUCUAAAAAAGAAAAAUCAGAUUCAGAAUCUGAACCAGAGAAAAAGAAAAAAGAAAAAAGAAAGAAAGAUGAUUCAUCUGAAAAUAAUGAACAAUCUAAAAAGAAACAUAAAAAAUAA